GGAAAGCUGUCUGUUGGAGAUUUACAGCAGCACAGGAGUAAACAUGAAUUCUGAACACAGAGCGACAAAAAUAACAACAGCUGGAAACGCUAUGAGUAAUGACCGCUUUCAUGGGCACACUGAAGAAGAGGGCAGUAAUCUGUAUGCACACAGCCCCAUGUUAAUCGUCACAUGCAUCACCAUGGCAAUGGAGCCAGAAUAUAAAAUCAUGCACUAUACCGACUGAAUCGGAGGACAACAGAAAAGAAGCCAAAUGUGAUUAAAUGUGGAAACCAUCGACAACAUAUCAUUAGCCAUUUAUUCAGGAUGGAAGAAGACUUGCAACCACAGCCUUGAGUCAAAUGUGCUAUGGACACCAUGGUUCAGCUGGCACACAAUCAAGAGCAGAAGCAUAAGGACCAAGAUACGGAUCAGCACAUAGUGUAUGUUUGAAUUAAAGAAUCAGAAUUCCCUUUUGACUGUGGGUAAACCAAGUAGGCUACACCUCCCCUUCCGUCCUCACACUCCCCUCCCCUCUCCAUGCCCCCAGCGCUUCCCAGUCUCUGGUUCACUCGUCUCUGUUUACCUCUCUGCUAAUCCCUUGCAUUGCGUGGUCUCUCUCUCUCUUCCCUGUAUUCUCUCGAUCGCUCUCUCUCUCUCCUCCCUUUUCAUGCUCGGAGCCAGAGGGCUGCCACACGACCCACUCCGCCUGCUAUAUGAUCUUGUGGAAAACAGAGCUCCGUGUCUUUUUAGCCGCUUGCUGCUGCUCGAGCCUUUGUAGAUUGCAAUCUAGAAGACAAGGAAAGAUGCCUUCGCGACAACCCUGACUCCUGUCAUCUCCUGAUGCACCCCUGUCCCCUUUCCUAGUAUCUCGCCCCGUCCCUUUACCCCAUCCCCUCUCCUCUAUUCCUCUCCAGACCUCCCUCUCUCAAUCCCCCCAAUCUCCCCUUCACCUCGCACCCUCUUGACAAUGUUCUCAUGUGUUCGCUGGUUUCAGCCUUUCCUUGCCUUGCUAUCCUCUACCUUGUUAUCUUGGGGGUACAACUGCCCAUCCAGCUGCUUGUGUCCAGACCAUCACACCGUGGACUGCACAAGUCAAGGGCUCACCCGUCUUCCAGACUCCAUCCCUUUGGAUGUACGGAGACUACUUCUGUCUAACAACUGGAUUCCCUGGAUCCCUUCUGAUUUCCUGGUUCUCUACAGUGAUUUGGUCUACCUGGAUCUGAGGAAUAACUCCCUAACAAAGCUGGAGCCUGGGACUCUGUGCACAUCCUCCAGACUGGUCUAUCUGGACCUGGGGAGCAACAACUUGACUGAGAUCCCCUCGGGAACCUUCGGUGAGUCCCAUAGUUUGAUCAAGCUUCGUCUCGGGAACAAUCCUUAUUUGAAUAUGGUCAGCAAGGACGCAUUUGCAGGCCUCACCUCCUUACGAGAGCUCGAGCUUGAGAGGAAUUCCCUCUCUGGCCUGGACAUCGAGGUGUUGAACCAAUUGCCUUCUUUACGGGUGAUACGCUUAGAAGGGAACCCCUGGGUGUGCAAUUGCAACUUUGCCAAACUGUUUCUUUGGUUGUUGGAGAAUCGUCACAAGCUCCCAACUGGGUUAGAGGGUAUGGAGUGCUCUCUUCCAGGGGACGGGCGGCAAGUGUCCCUCAGUGUGCUUUCUGAGGACAGUUUCCGCGAGUGUCGGGGAUUGCUGACUCUCACUGAUUAUCUCAUAGUCAUUUUUUCUGGAAUUUGUAUUUCAGUGGCAGCCAUUAUUGCCAGUUUCUUUCUGGCCUCCACUAUCCACUGUUUCCAGCGGCUCAAAUCCAAAAGGACAGAUGAAGAGGAGGCAGAGGACUGAGGGGACUAACUGGACAGAAUGGAGAUUACAAAUUACCCACAAUGCACCACACACUGGAAGCCAAGGGGAUUUGAUUAAGAGGUGAAAACCUUAUUUCCAUGAGAAUAGGCCCCUGUGUGACUAAGGUGAGGCUGCAAGAGCGGUCAAAAAAUCUCACAAACGUCAUCUGUGAUGCUUUUUUAUACUUGAACACCAAUGAUUGAAUUGAGCCUUAAGACUAAAACUGUUCCUGAAAAUGCAGUUUAUGAAAGCACUGUUUAAUGCCCCUGUAUUCAAAAUUGAUCAGCAUUAUAUUUUGACAUCAACUAGCAACAAUGGUCUUUUUAUGAAAAUGUGCAAGAUAAUUAGUAUUUUCUACACGAGUUAUUUUUGGUAUUGUGUACAUGGAUCUUGCUCUGUUUUAGUAAGGUUUAGCUACUUGCACUUUAAUGUACAGAUGACAUUGCACACAAUCCCAGUGAGCCAGACUGUAAGCCACUUCUCAUAAUUCAUAAUUGCACUUAUCACCAAAGAAAUAAAUGAGCAUAUAUUGUGACAUACAUGUUUUUCAUGCAAAUGGUUCAAAACGCCAAUCAAUUCGGUUGUAUUACAAAUAACAUAAGACAUGUUUGGUUAUUGAUGACUUCAUAAAUGUCAUGCAUACUCUUAAUAUGCUUGUUGUAGUUACAGAUGGGUCACAACUGUAUAUCAAGUACUCAAAGUAUUUUAAAGGCUAAAUUAAAAGGGAACUUUGUCCAUUUUAUGUUAA